CGAAAAUGGAGAUGCCAUCCUUCUUCGAUCUCAUUCCCGUAGAGGAAGUUAAGAAACAAAAACAACCGAGAUAUGUAUCCAAGUUCAAGCAAACAGUCAAACAGGAAUACACAGAGAAGAGAGCCAAUCACAAAACAAUGGGACAGGCUAAAGUGCCUGUUCCUACCACUGAUGAUUUCCUGAAGAAGAGGUCAAAGGAACCCGUUCUUCCGGACAAAACUGAAUUCAAAUACCCUGAUGAGGAUAGGCGGAGGCCAAUAGUACCAGCAAAGGACAAUACUCCACUCAUGGGUCUCAAAACAAACAAGAAUUUCAUCACAACCAAUGCUGUCCAAAACAUUACAUCAGUACCAAAAGCCCCUCAAAAGAUUUACUGUGAUACCAGGAUUGGAGACAAAAACCAUCUUGAACCAUCUGGACUGGAGCCAAAAUACAUUCAUAAAAAGGAGUAUGGCGAUACACCAAAGUAUCUUGUAAAACGUAAGGAAGAGAUGCAGAAAGCACAGGAAGAAUAUGAUGCCUACAUUGCAGAGCAUUUCCGUCGAGGUGCGAUGAGGUCAUUGACUGAAGAUGAGAGACGGGCAAUAUUAGAAGGGCUACAGUCAAACUGGGAAGAUAUUCAUGAUCAGUAUCAGAGUCUGUCUGUUGUCACAGAUACAGCACCAAAGAAAAACCGCAAGGAACGAAUGGAAGCACAAAUGAAACAACUAGAAAGAGACAUUGAAACAUUUGAAAGACACAAGGUCAUCUACAUUGCUAACUAAAUAAAAACAAACGGUUAAAACGGUAUAUAAUUUAUCAAACACUUCCAAAAGAGAAAAUACAGUAAUUCCAGGAAGAAACAUCAAAGUUUAAGCAAGAAAUUAUUAAAAUAUUGACAAUGUUAAUAGUCCAUGAAAAUACAGAUUCAAAAUUGUGAAUUUGUUCUUUUGAGUAAUAUAUCCAUUGAGUCAUCCUUCAUAAAUGUUCAGACAGUUAUGGUUAUUGAAGUCUAGGAUGAAAUGUACCUGGGAAAUAUCACAUGAAUGUUUGUACAUAAUGUAGAAGUCUUGUUACCAUAAGGAUGAUUAUUAAGUAUUUAUGUUCAAUAAAACAUUUGUAUAUAACAUGUAAAUAAAAUGUCAG